AUGCGAGUCUUUGAUCGCGAUGGCAAUGGCUUUAUAACCCGUGAUGAACUACAAACCGCCAUGGAAAUGAUUGGUGAACCUUUGAAUGAAACACAACUGACACAACUAUUAGCCAUAGCGGAUUUAGAUCAGGAUGGUAAAAUAAAUUAUGAAGAUUUACGCACAGCAUUUGAUUUAUUAGACAGAAAUCGUGAUGGCCGUGUGACAGCGAAUGAAUUACAAUUUAUGCUUAAAAAUUUAGGCAUAAAUGUAAGAGAUGAAAUAAUAAAUGAUCUAAUACGAGAGGCCAGUCAUUCGGGAUUAGAAAAGAAAAAUGAUUUAGAAAUAUUUUGUCGAAAACAAUCAUAUUAA